AUAAAAAGGUAGCAACUACCCAACUAGCUAGCUGAAAACCCAUUAAAUUGCCCUCCCUGCAUUUUUCUACCUUAUUAUAAUACCCUUCACACUCUGAAAACAUCUGUCCUCUCCUCGCCGCUCUCCAUUUCGCCACUCACAGAUUUCCCUCUCUUCUCUUCUUAUAUUUGAAUCUUCAUUUCAUAAAAUUGUUCUACUCCAUCUCUGCUGGAAUUCCCAUUUUGUUUCCCUUCGUCCAAUAAACUAUGGGACGGGUAGACGAUAUAAUCGACGAGGGUGAAACCUGCAGCGGCCAGCAGCUGGAAACAGGGCUUCUGCAGCCGCCGGCGAGCCAGAACGACAUCGUCGGCGAAGGGUUUACUCCAGCGGUUGUUCUUAGCACCUUGGUCGCCGUGUGCGGUUCCUUGGCUACCGGUUGCGCUUAUGGAUACUCAUCACCAGCAGAGUCAGGGAUCAUAGUAGACUUGGGAAUGUCUGUCGCGCAAUACUCAACCUUUGGCUCAAUCUUGACAAUUGGUGGAAUGUUGGGUUCUCUAGUCAACGGCAAGACGGCAGACAUAAUUGGCAGGAGAUAUACAAUGUGGGUGUCUGAGGUGUUCUUCCUAGUCUCUUGGUUUGUAAUAGCAUUUGCCAACCUCCCAUGGCUACUUGAUCUUGGAAGGCUCAUAAUGGGAUUUGCAGUUGGGAUUAAUGUCUAUGUUAUACCAGUCUACAUUGCAGAAAUCGCCCCCAAGAACUCUCGUGGCACCUUAACUUCUACUCAUCAGUUCAUGCUUACCUUUGGCUUUUCUCUUAUCUAUUUGACGGGAACGCUCAUAUCCUGGCGAGCAUUGGCUCUAGUUGGUGUUGUUCCAUGUCUGUUGCAUGUCUUGGGCAUAUUCUUUAUCCCAGAGUCUCCAAGAUGGCUGGCAAAGCUAGGGAAAGACAAAGAGCUAGAAGAAACUCUAAGAUACCUAAGGGGAAAAAGUGUUGAUGUUUCACAAGAAGCUCUUGAUAUUAAAGAGCACACUGAGCUAUUUGAGAGCCUUUCAGAGAAUAAAAUCCAGGACUUAUUCCAGCGAAAAUAUGCAGAUGCACUCAUUGUGAGAUGAGGAUUAUAUAUUUGUGGUUGUCGGGCUAAUGGUGCUUCAGGAGUUUGGAGGGACAAAUGCAUUCUCAUACUAUAGCGCCUCCAUAUUUGAACUUGCUGGUGUUUCAAGUACUUUCGGUCUGGUAUCCGUUGCCAUUAUUCAGAUUCCAGCCACCAUCACAUCUGUUCUUCUUACUGAUAAACUAGGAAGACGGCCUCUUCUUUUGAUAUCUGCAUUUGGGUUAUUCUUGAGUACAUUCUUGAUUGGACUUGCAUUCUUGUUGCAGGAGCUUAACAAGUCUGAGAGUUUAACUGCUCUCUUGGCAUACAUUGGCUUGCUAGGACUCCCCAUAACUUUCUCGACUGGAAUGGCAGGAUUGCCAUCCGUUGUAAUGGCUGAGGUGUUUCCUAUAAACAUAAAGGGUACAGCUGGAAGUGUAGUGACAUUUAUCAAUUGGUCAUCUUCCUGGAUGGUCACGUACUCUUUCAACUUCUUUGUCCUAUGGAAUUCUGCCGGUACAUUCUUCAUAUUUUCCACAAUGUGGAUUUUUGGAAUUUUGUUCAUUGCAAAAUUUGUACCAGAGACCAAAGGUCGGUCACUAGAAGAAUUGCAGACGUUAAUAAAUCACAUCAAGUAGUCAGAAGAAGGAUAAAAGUGGUCACUACUUGGUACUAGUUAGAUUAAUCAAGGAGCUUUUGUUGUAAAUUUGCCAUGCAUAUGUAUCAAUGCAAUAAUUAUAGAGAGAAAAUAGUCUUCACAAGGUAAAAUUUCAUUGGAAGAGGAUUGUGAUUAAUCUACACAAUAAAUAAAAGCCAAAUUAGAAAAUUUGAGGCCCCAUUUUAAAUUUCUUGCAUCCAGAGUGAAAGUAGGAGGA